AUGGAUGAACUUGCAAAGUUGGAGUAUCUGUCGCUCGUGUCCAAAGUUUGCACUGAACUGGACAACCAUUUAGGAAUGAAUGACAAAGAUCUUGCUGAAUUCAUCAUUGAUAUCGCCGACAAGAACCCAGACUACGACAGUUUCAAUUCAGCACUACAGAAGAAUGGUGCCGAUCUACCAGGGUCGUUCGUCUCCAACCUUCAACGUCUUAUCCACCACAUGAGGCCACCGAAGCCGAAGAAAUCUAGCCUUGGCGCUAAGGUGAAGAAAUCCAAAUCGGUCAAGGUGGAGAAGAGACGAGAAAAGUACCCAGGACUCUGUAUUCCUGAUGAAAAAAUGGUUGAAGCUGAGAUGGAUGAGAAGGUCGCCAUGGAAGCCAUGGAUGAGCUUGAAGCCUUGAUGCCAGCUGCUAUCAGCUCAAUACCAAUUAAAACGGAGAAAACCGAGGACGUGAAAUCACACAAGAAAAAGAAGAGCCGCCAUCGUCACCAUAGUGACAGUCGAAGCAGGAGCAGAAGUCGAAGUCGUGAAAGACACAGGGAUAGACACGGUGAUAGACAAGCUGAUAGAUACGCUGACAGACACAGUGAUCGACACGGUGACAGACAGAGUGAUAGGCACGGUGACAGACAUAAACAUAGGAGGAGCUCAAGGUCAAGGUCAAGGAGCUUGGACCGAGAUCAGCGCCACCGUAGUCGGAGCAACAGCAGGGAUCGGAAACACAAGAGGAAACGAGACAGAAGCCGAGAUCGAGAUCAGGAAAAAUACGACGACAGCGACAGCCAUGCCGACCGCUUUGUAAACCGCCCGCCCUCGAUGGACCCGGAAGUUGGGAGUAUAUAUGAGGGGAAAGUAACGAGUGUGAUGCAGUAUGGAUGUUUUGUACAGCUGGAGGGCUUAAAGCGCAGAUGCGAAGGACUUGUCCAUAUAUCAGAGCUCCGUCGUGAAGGUCGUGUUGCCGAUGUUAACGAUGUGGUGACUCGAGGUAUGAGAGUCAAGGCUAAGGUUCUCUCCCUCGCUGGGACCAAGAUCCGACUCUCCAUGAAGGAUGUCGACCAAGACUCAGGUAGAGACCUUAAUCCAGGAUUAUCUAAAGGAUUAGCAGGUUCAUCUAAUCCAGAAGCUGAUGAUACAAUGCGUAAUCCAGAUCGUCCAUCGAACCUCCCUCUUGUGACCGUAGCGGAAACGGACGACAGUAGCAUCAGGAAGCGUGUACAGCGUGUUACGUCUCCCGAAAAAUGGGAACUGAAACAGAUGAUGGCAGCAAGCUGCAUCGAUGUGACAGAGCUUCCUGAUUUUGAUGAGACGACCGGAGUCCUAGCUAAGGAGGACGAUUCUGAUGAGGAGAUUGAGAUCGAGCUUCGGGAAGAGGACCCUCCCUUCCUACGAGGGCACGGACGGCAGAGUGUUGAACUCAGCCCAGUCAGAAUAGUUAAGAAUCCCGACGGAACGUUGUCCAAGGCAGCCAUGAUGCAGAGCGCCCUCGCUAAGGAGCGCAGGGAGAUGAAACAAACGCUGGACAGAGCGGAGAGCGAAAAUAUCCCGACAGGCAUGAACAAGAAUUGGAUCGACCCUAUGCCAGACAGUGAGAGAGCAUUGGUGGCCAAUGUCCGUAACAUGGGCUUCACCAACCAGGACAUGCCGGAGUGGAAGAAGAGUGCGUUUGGGGGAAAUAAAGCGUCUUACGGAAAACGCACCAAGAUGACCAUUAUGGAGCAGAGGGAAAGCUUGCCUAUCUAUAAACUCAAGGAGCAAUUGGUGCAGGCUAUUAUAGAAAACCAGAUCCUGGUGGUUAUCGGAGAAACGGGUAGCGGUAAAACCACCCAGAUGACCCAGUACUUAGCAGAGGCUGGGUAUACUGUACGUGGGAAGAUCGGAUGUACCCAGCCCCGUCGUGUGGCUGCCAUGUCCGUUGCCAAGAGGGUGUCUGAAGAGUUCGGUUGCCGGUUAGGGCAAGAGGUUGGCUACACCAUUCGUUUCGAGGACUGCACCUCCCCGGAGACCAAAAUCAAGUACAUGACAGAAGGUAUGCUUCUACGAGAGUGCCUGAUUGACUUUGACCUCCAGCAGUACGCCAUCAUCAUGUUGGACGAAGCCCACGAGAGGACCAUCCACACCGACGUCUUGUUCGGGCUCCUGAAGAAGGCCGUCAAGAAACGUAGCGAUCUGAAGCUCAUCGUGACAUCGGCGACGCUGGACGCCGUUAAGUUCUCCCAGUACUUCUUUGAAGCGCCGAUCUUCACAAUUCCUGGCCGUACUUUUCCCGUUGAGAUCCUUUACACCAAGGAACCAGAGGCAGAUUAUCUGGACGCUUCACUCAUCACCGUCAUGCAGAUUCAUCUGACUGAACCACCGGGUGAUAUCCUUCUGUUCUUGACGGGUCAGGAGGAGAUCGACACGGCUUGCGAGAUCCUCUUUGAGAGGAUGAAGUCUCUUGGCCCUGAGGUCCCUGAGCUGAUCAUCCUCCCGGUUUACUCUGCCCUGCCUAGUGAGAUGCAGACGAGAAUCUUUGACCCCGCCCCUCCUGGCAGCAGAAAGGUUGUCAUAGCAACCAACAUUGCCGAGACAUCUCUUACCAUUGAUGGAAUCUACUACGUUGUGGACCCCGGCUUUGUCAAACAGAAAGUCUACAAUUCUAAGACGGGGAUGGACCAACUUGUUGUUACACCCAUAUCACAGGCUCAAGCUAAACAACGUGCAGGUCGUGCCGGGCGCACCGGUCCAGGGAAAUGUUACCGUCUCUACACCGAGCGUGCCUACCGAGACGAAAUGCUUACAACGGCCGUCCCCGAGAUCCAACGGACUAACCUGGCCAGCACACUCCUCGCUCUCAAAGCAAUGGGGAUAAACGAUCUACUGGCGUUUGACUUUAUGGACGCACCUCCGACGGAAACACUGAUCACGGCCAUGGAGCAGUUGCAUUCAUUGAGUGCUCUCGAUGAUGAGGGUCUGUUGACUAGACUUGGACGUAGGAUGGCAGAGUUCCCAUUGGAACCGAUGUUGUCCAAGGUUCUGAUCAUGUCCGUCACUCUUGGCUGCAGUGAGGAGAUUCUUACCAUUGUGUCUAUGCUGUCCGUUCAAAACGUCUUCUACAGACCCAAGGACAAGCAAGCGAUUGCCGACCAGCGUAAAGCUAAGUUCCAGCAAGCUGAGGGGGACCAUCUGACCCUCCUAGCCGUCUAUAAUUCCUGGAAGAACAACAAGUUCUCCAACCCUUGGUGCUUUGAGAAUUUUGUCCAGGCGCGGACUCUCCGUCGAGCGCAGGACGUCCGGAAACAACUGCUCGGAAUAAUGGACAGACAUAAAUUAGACGUCAUUACCUGUGGAAAGAACACCGCCCGUGUGCAGAAGGCCAUUUGCAGCGGUUUCUUCAGAAGCGCGGCCAAAAAGGAUCCACAGGAGGGGUAUCGGACUCUAGUUGACAGUCAAAUUGUGUACAUUCAUCCAUCCAGUGCUCUCUUCAACCGGCAACCAGACUGGGUCGUCUACCAUGAGCUCGUCUUGACAACCAAGGAGUACAUGAGAGAAGUCACUACCAUCGACCCCAAGUGGCUGGUGGAGUUUGCCUCGUCCUUCUUCCGGGUGUCAGACCCAACCAAGUUGAGCAAGCACAAGAAGCAGCAACGUCUGGAGCCGCUGUAUAAUAAAUACGAAGAGCCUAACUCAUGGAGAAUCUCAAGACAGAGGCUGCGCCGAAACUAGAAGAGUAUCAGAAACAUUCCCGGAGCAUCAGACGUCAAUUGUAAACCUCCUACUUUCUUACCAUUGAAUAUUAUCCGCACUGGUUUUGAAGGAUGGAUAAACUGUGCCAGCAAGUUGUGGUAACUUAUGGUGGAUCAAUCAUAUACAGUGCACAGGCCACCCUCCUACCAGGGUUUGCCCUAAACUUUUUUCAUGACUGGCCAGGGAUAGUGGGUGGCUUGUAAAUAUAACCUUUGAUCUUUUUAUAAUGUUAAGUGUAUUGAGGGAUCAGUGAUCCAGAGUGCCCUUUAUAAAUGCUGUUUGAUUAUCAUAUUUAUUAUUGUUUUUUCACUAGUCCAUCAUCUUUUUCACUCAUCAAUUUCAAAAAUGAAAUAGGGAAGAUUUUCAACCCUGAACAAACCAGCCGUACCACAAGAAGAGAAUUGUGACUGGUCCUCUGAUGUUUGAACUGGCAUUCAUAAAUACCUCAGACAGUUUCGCAAUUCCUAUUGGUGGAGAGCGCGUCACGUGGGGGUGUUUAAACGAUUGAUAAUGACCAGCUGGAGCUGUUUAUAUCCGGUUGUUUUGGGAUAAGUACAGUAAAGCCCACAACCUCGUUCCCAUGGGUGAUCGAUCUCGCCUUGCCAUUUUGGUCCAUGAAAACGUGGAUGAAUACUACUACUACGCGCACGAAUGCAUAUCUGAAAACUGUCAGUCAUAAAAAUGCAACACACGUACAGAGUUCAAGGAAAGGACGUUGGAUAAUGGAUAAGUUUUACAGAGUUUCUCACUGUAUUAUGCCUUUGAAAAAAAAAACAUUUAUGAGUGGGAAUAAAAGAA